AUGGCUAGUUAUAUUGAAGAAGAAAUUAGAAAUAUUAUAAAUGAUAUUUAUCUAUCUACCAUUUUAAUUGAUAGUAGUAAAAUUGUAAAAAGGGAAAUAUCAUUUUUCCUUGGUAUAAGUGUAAAUGAUUUGUUUCAACCAUUUGGUCUUUGUGAUUCAUUUAUAAAUGAUGACAAUGAGAAAAUCGACCUGAAAUUGAACGCAAGCAUAAAUAUAAAUUAUUUAAAUAAAAAUAAUACUUUAAAUGAAAAGGUACUUGAAAAUAAAAAUAUUAAAAUACGAUUUAUAAAUGCAAAUGAAUAUGAAGAUGUCAAGUUAGAAUAUCUUGAUAAAAUUUUGAUUGAUACUAUUUCAUAUAAUGAGCCAGAAUAUUCUGAUAUAUAUAAUGAACAAAAUCUUCAUGCAUAUUUUAAAAAAAAUGAGAAAGACAACAUUUCUUUAAAUAAAAAGUACUUUGAAUAUAUAUGUGCUAAUUCAACUGUACUACAUAAUGAUAUCAAAAAAGAUAUAGUAAAAAAUAUUGAACAGAAUAAAAGAGAGCAAUACAAAGAAAAUAUCGAAAAAAGGAAAUAUUAUCAAUAUGAUAAUAAUACAUGUAAUAACAAUACAUAUAAUAACAAUACAUAUAAUAAUAAAAGUGGUAAUGUCCUUUCUCAAUCUUCUAGUUAUGAUUAUAUAACAAAUAGAGACGGAAAUGAUAAGGAUGAUAUAGAUAAACAAAUAUGUAAAAAUAGAUAUAUGAAUAAUAAUAUCCAAAAAUAUAAUGCAUUUUCUUUACCUUGGUUUAAUACAUAUUUUAAAACAUCGUGGACCUAUACACAUUUGUUUAAUAAUUCGUCAUGUACUCCUUUAGGUAUUGUUUAUAUAUGUAGUACAAGGGAUCAUAAUGUUAUUGAUCUAUAUAAAUCAAUGAUUAAAAAUAAUAUAAAAAGAAAUAACGCUUAUAUGAACGCUAAUAUACCCAAGUGUAUUAUUCUUCUUCAUAUUUCAAAUAACCAUGAUGACGAUAUAGAAACAGAUGUUCAGAAAUUAUUUGUAAAUAUACAAUCAACUUUUUUAAAUUAUAAGUGUCAUUUGUUAAUAAUUAAAGCACAUCGAUUUUUGAAAGCCUAUGAAAAAUAUGAACGUAAUGGAAGAAAUAAAAACCAGGAAGUCAAAAGAAAAAUAUAUCAUCAUGAUAAUAUGAAAAAUGACAUGAGUGAAAAUUUGAACAAAAAUUCAAAGGAUCACUCUUUUGAAAGUGGAACUGAUAAUAAUUUUCAGAGUUCGAUUACAUAUGAAUUAAAAAAUAAUAAUUUUUUAAACAAUAAAUUAUAUCAUGAUGAACAAGAAGAAUCAUAUAACCAAAACAAGCAUAUCACUAAUAAAAUGGUUUAUUCAUAUAAUAAUAAUAAUGAUGAUAAUAAUGAUGAUAAUAAUGAUGAUAAUAAUGAUGUUAAUAAUGAUGUUAAUAAUGAUGAAAAUAAUGAUGUUAAUAAUGAUGACAGUUAUGAUGACAAUUAUGAUAACAAUUAUGAUGAACGAACGAUGGGAAAAAAAGAAGAAAUCCUGACUUCUUCUGAUAAAAAUCAGAAAAGAAGAAUACAUAAAAAAAACAAAAAAUAUGUCAAUCAUGUACACCAUUUAAAUAAUAUCCAAAAGUUAUAUAUGAAUCAUUUAAGUAUCCAUUUUAGCGAAUUUUUUUUGGAUGAUGGUAUAAAGGUUGCCAGAAAUAUUAAUGAUAUUGAAGAAAGUAUGAAAAUAAAAAAGGAUAUUUGUACUGAUAUGAAUAGCAUUUAUGAAUAUAUAAUGUCAGAUAAAAUAUUAUGUAUUAGUAAGAAAAUGCCUUUAUAUAUUGAUGGAAUAUAUUUUUGUUGUUGUUUAGAUUAUAUUGAUAUUAUAUCUCUAAAAAUGUUUAUUCAUAAUUUUAUAAAAACUUGUGUAAUACCAUAUAUUAGUAUGUUAACUAAUGAUAUCAAUAAUUUGAUUUUAAGUAAUAAAAAAAGUUUAAAAAAUCAGUUGAAAUUUAUGUGGAGAAAAACAAAAUUGAACUUCACUUCCUCUGACGCAGCAACAUUUGUUGCUGAGCAAACAAGUAACGUUUUAAUGAACGUAGCACAAAAUGUGUUGGUAUCUCCUAGUGAUAAUAAGAAUGAUGAGAGUGUAAAGGGAGCUGAUGUUUUUGUUGUGGAUGACGCGAAGGAUGGUUUGGAUGAGCGUGAUGAUCAUUUAAUUGAAGAAGAUGAUAAAAAGGAUGAAAAAUAUGAGAAAAAUAUUCAAAACAACCUUAAUGAAUCAUCCCUUUUUAAUGUAUCAAAUAAGGAAUCAGGUUUAAAAUUAUUUGGUAGAAGAGAUUCAUCAUUUCAAUUUUUUAGACGAGUAGCUAGUAAUAAUUCAUCAUGUAGUACAAAAAAUUUAGUAGAAGGGAAAAAUUACCACAAGGAAUCCUUAGAAUGGUUUUAUAAAACAUUGAGUGAUAUUUAUUUUAUUUUAAAUGAAUUUGAAUUAUCAUAUAACGUUUUAAAAAUAUGUAUAAACGAAUUUAAACAUGAUAAGAUGUAUUUUUAUUUAGGUAGUAUAUAUGAAUUGAUUAGUUUAUGUAUUUAUCAUAUGGAUAAUGUAAAUAAAAAAGAUUCAUUAUAUUAUUUAGAUUUGAGUUACCAAAUGUAUCAUAAAUGUUAUUAUUUAAAUAAUAUGUUUAUAUGUUGUAUAUUAAAUUAUUAUUUAUCACUGAUUUAUGAUGAACAUAAUGAAUCAUCAUCUAUAAAUAUAUUGAUAAAUGCUAAUGUAGAUUUUUCUUAUGUAGAAGAAAAGUUAGCAACAGAAAAUAUGAAACUAUCAAAAUACUUUAUUCAAAACAAUAACAUAAGAUCUGGAUUGUUACUUGAACAGAUUACAUAUAGUUAUAAAAAGGAAAAAAUUGAUCAGUCGUAUAAUUUUAACGAGUUCAUUAAAAAUUUAAAUACUUAUAAUAAGAUAAUAACGAACAUGGUAAAUAAAAAUGUGCAUUAUUAUUUAACAGACAAUAUGAAAAAAAACAAAAAAAAAAAAAGGAAAGAACAAAUAAAUGAAGAAGUAAAUACAUUAAAUAAUAAAGAUAACAAUAUUAAUCAAAUGAAAUCUGAUGAUAAUAAUAAUAUAAUAUCUCUGAUGAAGGAUAAUAAAAAUGUAAGUACCAAUUUGAUGAGUUAUGAAAAUAUGUCUACUAUAAGAAAUAAUAAGGAUUUUCAUACGAAUGAUAUUUGUAAUAAUAUGGAAAAUAAUGAUAAGAAGAAAGAUAUAGAUAUUAUACAAACUUAUAGUAAUAAUAAAAUAAAUAAUGAAAUAAUAAUAGAUGAAAAUAAUAUAAACGAAAAGUAUCCAAAUAAUAAACAAACAAAAAAUAAAAAGGAUGAUAGACAUGAAAAUAUAAAUAUAGAGAAUAUAAAUAAUAAAUUAAGUAUAAUGGCACAAAAUAAUAAUAAUAAUAAUAAUAUAAUGUUUGUAAAAAAUAAAAAUUAUAAGUAUCGAAAAUAUUUAUUUGAAAUGACAUUAGCUGGUCAUACAUUUAAUAAGUGUGGUUUUAAAAGGUUAGCUUUAUUUUGUUAUUCAAAUGUAUUAAAAAAAUAUGAACAGAAAGUAUUUAUGAAACAUAUUUAUGAACAUUUACAUUUUAUGAUGGCUCGUCAAGCGUUUAGUAUUAAUUUAUAUUAUGAGGCAUUAAAUCAUUACAUAUGUAUUCUUAAUUCCAUCACAAGUAAUUAUGAAAAGUCUUAUAUCCUAAACAAACAAAUAGAUAUAUAUACAACAUCUGUAGAUAAAGAGGUCAAUUUUAUAAGGGAGUUUGCUUAUGUAUAUAAAAUAUAUGUAGACAAACUUUUAAACAAUUUUUUGAAAAGUACUAAAAAGAAACAUACCAAUAGUGAUAAUAGUGAUGGUCAAAUAAAUAAUAAUAAUAAUGAUAGUAAUAAUAGUAAUAGCAAUAAUAAUAAUAAUAAUAAUAAUAAUAAUAAUAAUAAUAAUAAUAAUAGUAAUAGCAAUUGUAAUAAUAAUAGUGAUGUGCCAAGUCAUAUGAACAACCCAACAAACAAUCAUAACGAGUCAUCAAGUCAAAACAAUAAUCAACAGAAAAAAAAAAUGAAUAGAAUAAAUUAUUUUAGCGAUGAUAAUACAGAAGAUAUUAUAAAACCAUUAAAUUUAAGAAUCCCUUUUAUUAAUUUAAGGAAUUCUGAAAGUUUAUUUGUUAAUUCUGUAUAUAUUUCCAAAACAAAUAUAUAUAAUAAUGAUAAAAAUCGUGAUAUUAAUUUUUUUCAUAUUUAUGAAAGUAAUAUUUAUAAAAUGAAAAACUAUGAUACAACUUUGAAUGAUAUGUAUCAUAUUCUGACCAGAAAUAUAUCUCAUGUGAGUUCGUCCCUUUUACAUGAAUUUAAUUAUAUGUACAUUAUGUAUAAAAAGUUCAUCAAUAAUGUAUAUAAUGAGGCAACAGAUAUAACAUAUGAAGAAUUUGUGGAUAGACAAGAAAUGGAAAAUAAUGAAAAAGAGGAGAAUUAUAUAAAUAGGAAUAAUGAUAAGAAACACAACUCUUAUGAUAUAUAUGAAAUGAAUAAUGAUUAUAAUAUAAAAAAGGAUAGUAAAGAAGAAUCUGAAAAUACUUUAAGAUAUAUAAAAUCAUUGAAUUUAUAUACUCCAUAUAUAAAUGAAAAGGAUAGGAAUGAAUUUAAGAAAUACAUAAAAGAGUUGAAAAACAAAAUGAUAAAUUGUUUAGAGAUUACUAAUAAUACACAAAUCAAAGAUAUAUACCAAAAAAGUAUUAAUAACGAAGAAAUCAAAAUAAAUACUCAAUAUAUACAAUAUAUAUCUAAAGGAGAGUAUAUAUUUGUUUCCUUUCAGUUGAUUAAUCCUUUAUAUACAAAGAUAGAGUGUCAGGGUACACAUAUAUGUGCUUACUAUUACAAUCAAGGGGUGAAUAAAGAUAUUUUGGUUGAAAAGAAAAUAUUUAUCUUGGAGCCUCGCCAAGCAAGGAUGUGUACGUUAUAUAUAAAGCCUCAAAAGAAAGGAUUGCUCUUUAUAUCGGGUGUGACGUGGCAUCUUUUCGGGCUAGUGAAGAUUUACCAAAGCUUCUACAUCCAUGGGUUUAGAAAAAUGCACAAAAAAUUUAAUAAAAUGCAUGCACUAAAAUAUGACGAGAUAUACAACUGUGAAGAUAAUAUUCAGAAGAAAGAAAAUAUGAAACUUUUGAAAAAAGAAAUGAAUAAAUAUACCUGGUCUAAUAAUAUAGGUAUGCUUGAAAAAAAGAGUUUAAAAAAAAUGUCCUAUUAUGAUAUUGAUCAAAGGUUAUUAUUAUAUGUUUAUGAAAAAUGUUAUAAGUUUUCUUUUGAGUUUGUGAAUAUGUAUCUAAAUAAGAAUGAAUCGAAGAAACUUAUGAAGGGUGAAAUAAAUGAAGAUGAAAACAAAAUUACUGUAAAUAAUUAUGAGAUAGAUAUGAUAGAACUAUUUGAGGGUGAGUAUGUUCAAACCAUAUUUAAGAUUACAAACUAUUCAGAUAGUGAUAUAAAUUACAUGGGUUUAUGUAUAACUCCGUGUAACUUAUUUAUGUGUUAUAGGAUAGUGCAUAAUACAGUUGAGGGGGGACCACAAGAAUAUGUAUUGUGUAAUGAAAAAAAGAAUUUUGAAAGGAUAAACAAUAAUAAUAACAAUAAUCAUGACAAUAAUAAUAAGAAUAAUAAUAACAAUACUGAUAACAAUAAUAAUAACAAUAAUAAUGACAAUAAUAAUGACAAUAAUAAUGACAAUAAUAAUGACAAUAAUAAUGACAAUAAUAAUGACAAUAAUAAUGACAAUAAUAAUGACAAUAAUGGUGAUAGUCGUUGGGAUGGUGAAGAAAAAAAAAAUACAAUACAUAAGGUCAGAAUGCAAAAAGAACUUUCUAUUCAUAAUGAACUCUAUAGGAACGAAAAUGUUGAUAAAGAUAUAAAUGUGUUUAAACAAAAAUUUAAACAUAAAAAUAUUCAACACAUAAUAAUUAAUGGUGAUAUAAAAAAAGAAGAUACCUUUUCUUUAUAUUUCCAAGUUAAUACAACAUAUGCAGGUUUACAUAAAUGUAUGAUAACUAUGUUUUGUAAAAAAAACGAUGAACAAAUGAACAAAGAAAAUAAGAAUUCUUCGAAUUAUUUAGAUAUCCUUAGUGAGAAAAAAGAAGGAUGUUAUCUUUUUAUGAGAUUAAUGAAUAUAAUCCCUUUAAUAAGAUUAAAAAUAUAUUCACCAUUAAGUAUUAUUCAUAAUGAUAAAUAUAAUUAUAUAUAUUUGUCUUUUAAAAAUAUAUGUAAGAGAGAUAUAUAUAUUAGGAAUAUAUAUCUACAUUAUGUGUUAAAUGAGAAAUUGUUAAAUAUGUAUGUAAAAACAAAUGAAGAAGAAAAAAAAAAAAAAAAAAAAAAAAAAGAAGAUGUACAUAUUUUUGAAUGUAUAUGUAAAAAGGAUGAUGAACAUGAUGGUGAUGAUAGUAGUAGUAGUAUCAUGUGUUAUUAUUAUAAUAGGAAAUUAUAUAAUUUUUAUUUCCAAAAUAAUAAUUCUUUAUAUAUAAAGAAAAAUGCAAAAUCAACAUAUCUAUUUUAUACACAAAGAUUUGAUUUACAAAAUAUGUGUACGUGUUAUCUAUUCCUUGAAUGGUCAUUGAAAGAAGAUGAAAAUAUAAGAAGUGGGAUUUUACAGAAAGACAUGAAGUUUUCUAAUGAUAUAAUAAAAUUUUCUAUGGAAAAUAUAGAAACGGAUAUAUAUAUGAAUAAUGAAAAAGAAAAAAAAGUACAAAUUUGUAUAAAUAUACAAAAUAAUACAGAUAUAGAUUUAAAGGAAUGUUAUAUACAUGCCGAUGAAAUUGAUGCAAUGCAUACAUUGUCUUUUAUAGAAAAUCGGAUCGACGAUAAUAAUGAAUUGGUGAAUUUAUCUAUAUUAAAUACACACGAGCAAGAAGAUAGUAAUAUAUCCAUAAAAGAUGCAUAUGAUGUAUGUGAUGUAUGUGAUGAUAAUAUGAAUCAGUCUUUUACAAGAAAUGUAACAAUAUAUAAAGAUAAUACAAAUUAUAAUGAUACCCAUAUAAUUUAUGGUAAGAACAAUGUUACACCUUAUAAUGAGGAAUCCAUACAAUAUAAUGAUAUGUUAAAAAGAGAUCAUAUUAUAUAUAAUCAAAAUGAAAAAAAUAAGGAUAUAUUAUUUUUUCCUGAUAAUCCGAAGGAAAUAAUAAAAAAUAAUACAUACCUUUAUAACCAUGAUGUUAUAAAGGAUAUAUAUACAGAUGAACAAAACCAACAUGAAGAUAAUAAAACAACAAAUAUUUCUUCCUUCUCAUAUAAUAAAAAAAUCAAAGAUGAUAUAUAUCAUAUACAAAGGAAUAUUACGCAACAAAUUGAUUUGUUUAAUUAUAAUUUUAUAACAGCUAGAUUUAGAUAUAAAAAGAAUUUUGAAAUAUCCAUGUUACAAAAAAGUUUUAUAUCAUCAAAUAAUAGAAGUAGUACAUUAUUAAAAAAUAGUGACAUGUUAGUACCAAAUAAUAGCAACUUGUUUUUUUUUGGAAAGGAUAAGAUCUUUAUACAUGGUGAUGAUAUGUUUUCAUCUUGGGAUAAAAUUCCAAUACUCAAAAGAAAUUCGUCGAAAGAAAAGAAUAAACAUGAUCAAUUAAUUAACGAUUCGUUUAUACAAAAUAAUAGAUCAUUUGAUGACACAUUUUUUAAAGAAAAACGAAAGAAAAAAAAAAUCUAUAAUGUUAUAAAAUAUAAUACGUAUUAUACACAUAAUUAUGAUGAUACCAAUUCUUUAAUACCAAUAAUGAGAAGCAACAAAGGGUAUAAAGAUACACAACAACAAGAAGGAAUAGACCAAGAGAACGAAAAGGAAGAAGAAAAAGAAGAAAAAGAAGAAAUACAAGAUAUCCAAAUGGAAAACAAAAGGGGGAAGGAAAAGCAAAAGGAUAAGACAAAAGUAAUGAUGGAAACAGGAAAUUAUCGAAACAUGUAUAAUAAGCAAUUAUUUAUGAACAAAUAUGUUACAUUAAAUGGAUAUAUAUACACUGGAUUAGUUCAAAGAUAUAUAAAAAGAUUAAAAAAAUAUCAAAAGAAAAAAUUAUAUUUUAAUCUCAUUUUUACACAAGAAGGGAUAUAUAACAUAAAUAAAUUCCAUGUCAUCUUUAAAUUAAAUGAUAAACUAUUUAUAUUUAAGCCCCUGAAUAAUAUCAUCCUGCAGGUACAUAAAUGA